AUGCCUAGUGUAAUAAAGUUGUCUCAGGCUCAUUAUAUGUUGUUCUCACUGCUGUUGUUGUUUAGGAGAGGUGUGUUCAGCUGUGCUGACUUUGAGAAAGGAGAUUUCCUGCUGGAAUAUAGAGGGGACCUCAUAGAUAGAGAAGAAUGUGAACGGAGGCAAAGGAUAUAUCAUGAUGCACUUAAAGUUUAUAUCUUUGAGUUUCGCUAUAAUGGAAAGCUUCUCUGCAUUGAUGCAGCUCGGGAUGAUGGUUCUCUCGGGCGGCUUGUAAACGAUGACCAUAUUAACCCAAACAGCAGGAUGAGAACUAUCUCUGCGGAUGGAAAACCUCACUUAUGUUUAUUUGCAACAAAGAGCAUCUGUCCUGGUGAAGAGAUAACUUACAAUUACGGUGCUUCUGACUGGCCAUGGCGAUGCACGACUGUUAGUGAGGGUGAACCGUCCACACUUGAAGUUCAAGCUCUGUCCCAGUCAGACGUCAGGGACACCGAGAAGCUGGCAGUUGUCAGUGAUCAGUCAACCUGUGCAACCUCUGAAGGACUGAAAAAGACUCUGAAGAAAGACCAGUUACUAUUGGAUCAGGACUGUUUUGAGAAGAUGUCACCAGUCAAAGAGAAUGUGUUGAAUGAGAAGCAGAGCUUUUGUGUCCCAGCUGAAGGAGUUAUGGAGCUCUGCAAACAUGUUGUGGUCUCUUCAGCAAUAUCAUGCAUGGACAAAUGUGCUAAAUGUGUAGGACCUGUAGCGGCACUCAAGUGGAUUGGCCUGAGAUGUACAUUGUGCUCCAGUUUUUGGCACAAGUCCUGUUAUGCAAAACAUCAUGAAUGGAAUGAACAGUCCUCAUGGAUGAGAUCGAUAUGACGGAUUGUGAUGACAGUGAUCCUGAAGAUGAUUCUGACGAUGAUGCUCUUGCUGGAGCUACAGGACACUCAGGAGAUGCUGGUGUUCAGAAGAUGCCCAGUGAGAACACCACUGAAGUUCCUGAAGAAAAUGAAAGCCAGCCAGAAACUGAAAAACCACGAAGAGGGCAAAAAGUGGCAUGGUCAAAUGUUGAAAUUACAGCUGUAAUGAAACAUUUUAAGUCCCAUGUAAAUAAAGGUAAACUGGCCACAUUAACUGAAUGCCAGCAGUGUAAGACUGCUGAAGAUCCUGUUUUGGCAAGGCGUAGUGCUCAGAACAUACGGGAUUUUGUUAGAAAUCGAGGAAUUAGCCUAAAAAGGAAAAUGCAAAGUAAGUAACCUAACAGUACAUCCUGUGUCUCUUUUGAUGCCGUUCUAUUGUUUUUGUUUUUUUCCUUACUGCAAAAGUGCAAUGGCAGCAGUUCAUAAUCUCACUGUAG